AUGAAAGACACAAUUUAUAAAUGCAAAGUCCCAGGCUGCACAAGCAGCUAUUCGAACAAAUUCAAUCUUAAACGUCAUAUGGAAGCAUAUCAUAGUGAAAAUAAAAAAUUCCAGUGCAGAUUUUGUACGAAGGUUUUAUCCUCAAAACAAAACUUGAAGGAGCACAUCUUCACCCACUCGGGUGAAAUGCCCUAUAACUGUAAAGAACCUGGAUGUGGGAUGAAAUUCCGCCAGGGAAGUCAACUCUCUGCUCACAAAAGGAUCCAUUUGGCACUAAACAAGUACACCCAAAAGAGCGAAAUUAAUCAUCCUAGAAACGAAUAUAUCAUUCUCACACAAUUAAUUGAAAAAUCAGAUUUUUUCAAGUUAGAAGCAAUACCAUACAAGCUAAACGCAAAUGAAGAGCAUAGAUAUGAAUUGCCUCCCAUAUCAGCACCGCAAGAGUACUGCAUGCUUCCAACAAGUAUAUUUAGUAGUCAAAUUAUCAAUCAGUAA